AACAUAAUAACUGAAUCUGAUUUGUUAAUUCACAAUCAUUUUCUUCCUUUUCUGUUUUUGUCACUUUGUUUCUUCAUCAUCAUCAUUAUCAAUUCUCACCAAAACCAAAAAUCAUAACUUUCUUUGAUAUGAUAUUGUAGAACGAGAUUCAAUUGAAGAAAGAAAAAUGGCGAAUGCAAUACUAUUAGCAAUUGCUGAUGCAGUAUUAACAUUUAUAUGGGUUUUCAUUUCUUCAACCCUAGGAUUAGUCACCACAGAAAUUCUGAAAGCUUUUAAUCUUGAAUUUGUGUCUUACAAUGGUGUUAAUUACCCUUUUAUUAUAAUCACUACUUUAUUAAUUUUUGUUAUUAUAUUCACUUUCACUGCUAUUGGUAAUGCCAUGGGUGGUGCCAGUUUCAAUCCUACAGGAAAUGCUUCUUUCUAUGCUGCUGGUCUUGGUUCUGAUACCCUUUUCUCUAUGGCUCUUCGUUUCCCCGCUCAGGCGUUAGGUGCGGUGGGUGGUGCUAUGGCAAUUAUGGAAGUAAUGCCGCCAAAAUAUAGGCACAUGAUUGGUGGACCCGUUUUGAAGGUUGAUUUGCAUACAGGAGCUAUUGCAGAAGGAGUGUUGACAUUUGUAAUCACUUUUGUCGUUCUCUUCAUCAUAAUCAAGGGUCCUCGUAGCGAGUUCCUGAAGACUUUGAUGAUGUCUAUUUCCACCGUGGCUGUGAUCGUCGCCGGUUCUGCCUACACCGGACCGUCCAUGAAUCCUAUCCUUGCAUAUGGUUGGGCAUAUUUAGACAACUGGCACCACACAUGGGAUCAAUUCUAUGUAUAUUGGAUUUGUCCAUUCAUUGGAGCAAUACUUGCUGCUUGGUUGUUUCGUGCUGUCUUCCCUGCUCCACCAAAAGUAGUCAAACAGAAAAAAGCUUGAACAAGAGGGUAUAACAUAAUCAUCCUCCAUGCAACUGCAUUAAUAAACUUCUUUUUGUUUCUCUUCCUCCUUCCUCCUUUUUGAGCGUUUAAAAUAGAGUCGAGACAUUUGUCGAUAAAAAUAAUAGAAGUUGUAAAAUUUUAUCCGAUUAUUUACAAAACAAAGUUAUUUGAUUGGAUGGGAAGGAUAACAUUGUAACAAAAAAUUAAUGGAAGGGAAUAAUUGGAAGGAAAAUUUUAUUUCGAAA